AUGUUCAGAUCUGCUAUCGUUGUUAGUUCGCUCCUCUCUCUCGUUUUCCAUUUCCCCGCUCCGGUUUCUCACCCGCGCGUCUUAAAUGUAUUCGCAAAAAAGAUCAUCGGUUUGGCGCGCGGAGGGAAGUACGAGCCAGUCGCCGACUUCUGCUUCACCAUUCCAGAGGGAACCAAGGGCAGAAUCGUCGCCCAGACUAUAAUUGACGCGCCUGGUCACGAGCUGGUGAUUCUCAACCGGACCGAGAGCGAAGUCCUGCGGGCGUUGCGCGCGGAGACCGUCGACGCGCCAGACCGGGAGCAGGCCAUUUGCAAGAAGCUGAUUGACGCGGCGCGUGUGCGAGAGCCUCUCAUUGGAGGCGUGCCGAUGGAGUUUCGGAACAACAACCCGUCACUCUACGAGAUGGACUUGUCUGUAGAUCCCAAUAUCGACCGGCAGCACGUCGUCGCGUGGAUAACUAGGUGUAAGAACAACUCGCCCGUUGACGCAAUGUAUCACUUGCAGUUCAUGAAUCCAGGCUCCUUCUGGCAGCGGCAUUUCUCAUGCGAAGAUCAAGGGCUUCUGCCGCUUUACCUCCUCGCGCUGCUCUUCUGUGCCGUCAGCGGACUCGCGUGGUUCGCCUCGUGGCGCGCUGUCGAGCGCAGCGCCGCCUCUCCCUUCUCCUCGCUGGUCGCUGGCAGCCUCAGCGCCGUGGGGUUGCUGUCGCUCUCAGUUCUUCUCUACACGCUGCAUCUCGCCCUCUACGCAUCGGACGGAAUCGGCCUGAGUGUGCUGAAGUUUUUGUCUCAGUUUUUUGAGACUUGCAUGCGGUGCCUGGUCUUCGUUUUGAUCGCCUCGGUCGCGACGCGCUCCAGUCCAGGCGGCACCGCCGUGUCUCAGCAAUACCACUCUCUCGCUGUUUUGGCGGCGGCGAUAUACGUUUUCUGUCAGCUCGUGUACAACGCUGCAGAGUCUCAGGCCUACAGCAGCGCCUCGGCGUACGCGCUUCUUCGCAGCUUCUCGGGAAUCCCUUUCCUCCUCGGAAACGUCAUUGCCGCAGGCUUCGUGCUCCUGGUAUGCGUGAACAACGCGCUGCAAACCGGCGAUUCCGCGAGUCGGCGGUUCCAGUCAAACUUUGCUGUCGGGACUCUGAUUUACUUCGCUCUGCCGGUUGUGCUUGUGCUCUUCACGAGAGGAAAUCCAACAAGAGACACGGCGACGAUGCUUCUCCUCGAGUUCACAACCUGCCAUAUUCUUCAUCACCUUCUCUGCCGGCAGACCGCCUUCGUCGCAGCGCCGCCGGGCGCAAAGGGCCUUCCCACGCGUCUCCAGCAGGCACAUCCAUACACCGGAAUUUGA